GGAACGGCCCCGUGUCCCUGUCCCGGUCCGUUAUUCCCGGUUUUCCCCUCGGGAAGGCGCCGCCAUGUCCCUGUGCCAGCGGGGGCUGAAGCAGAGCCCGGGCGAGGCCGAGGGCUGUUCCUUCCCGGCCGGGCCCGGGCUCAAGGUGUUCCUGCACUGGAGCGGGGAGGAGGAGCGGGAGCGCUGCCGGGUCUAUUCCCAGGGGUCCCUCAGCGCCGAGGAAAUCUGCAUCGACCUCGCCCGCAGGAUCGGAAUCACCCCGUUGUGUUACAGCCUCUUCGCCCUCUACGACCCCCAGGGCCGGGUCUGGCUCCCCCCAAACCACCAGUUCCAGGUGGGAAAAGACACCAACGUCCACCUGAUCUUCAGGAUGAGGUUCUAUUUCCGGAACUGGCACGGGAUGAACGACAAGGAGCCGGCGGUUUUUCGGAAUGUGCCUCGCCCGGGAGAUUCCCUGGAGGAAAAACCCUCUGGAGGAGCUUUGCUGGACAGAUCCUCCUUCGAGUACCUGUUCGAGCAGGGAAAAUUCGAAUUCAUCCACGACGUCGCCUCCCUGCGGGAUUUGCGGAGCGAGCCCGAGAUCCAGAGGUUCAAGAACGAGAGCCUGGGAAUGGCUGUGCUCCACCUCUCCCACAUCGCCCUAAAAAAGGGCCUUUCCCUGGAGGAGGUGGCCCGGAAAUACAGCUUCAAGGACUGCAUCCCGCGCUCCUUCCAGCGGCAGAUCCAGCAGAACAGCUUCCUCACGCGCUUCCGGAUGCGCAACGUCUUCCGGCGCUUCCUGCGGCGCUUCCAGCGGCACACGGUGGGCGCCGGGCGGCUCUCGGAGCGCGACGUCAUGUCCAAGUACCUGGCCACGCUGGAGCUGCUGGCGCCGCGCUUCGGGAGCGAGCUCUUCCCGGCCCUGUCCCUGGAGACGGCGGCCGAGGGGGACAAGGGGCCGCUCUGCGCCAACGGGGCCCCCCCGGAGCCGGGCCCGGAGCCGGGGCAGCCCCUGAUCCACAUCAUGGUGGAGGAGUUUGUGGAACACGGGCCCCUGGACGUGCUGCUGCGCAAGGAGAAGGGCCGGAUCUCCGUGGGCUGGAAAAUCACCGUGGCCAAACAGCUGGGAAGUGCCCUGAGCUACCUGGAGGAUAAAAACCUGGUGCACGGGAAUGUGUGUGCCAAGAACAUCCUGCUGGCCAGGAAAGGGCUGGAAGACGGAUCUGCUCCCUUUGUGAAGCUCAGCGAUCCCGGGAUCAGCUUCACGGUGCUCUCCCGGGAAGAGCGCGUGGACCGGAUUCCCUGGAUCGCCCCGGAAUGCGUCCGGGAUGUGGGAAACCUCAGCACGGCUGCCGACAAGUGGAGCUUUGGGACAACCCUCCUGGAAAUCUGCUUCGACGCCGACGUCCCGCUGAAGGAACGAACCCCUUCCGAGGUGCCGCUCCCGCCAUUUUAGGCCGUCUCCUGCCAUUUUGGGCCACGUCCCGCCAUUUUAGGCCGGAAAAAAAAGAGGGGGAAAAAGGGAAGAGAAAAGGCAAAGAGAGGGGGAAAAAGAGAAAUUGGUCCUUUCCUGCCAGACCUCGUGGACGUGACGUCGGUGAAUCCCGACUUCCCGGUGUCGGAUCCCACCGUCUUCCAGAAGCGCUACCUGAAGAAAAUCCGGGAGCUGGGGGAGGGGCACUUUGGGAAGGUGGGGCUGUACUGCUACGACCCCACCAACGACGGCACCGGGGAGAUGGUGGCCGUGAAGUCCCUGAAAUCCGGGAGCAGCCCCGAGCUCCUGAGCAGCUGGAAGAGGGAAAUCCAGAUCCUCAAGACCCUCUACCACGAGAACAUCGUCAAGUACAAGGGCUGCUGCAGCGAGCAGGGGGACAAGGUGGUGCAGCUGAUCAUGGAAUACGUCCCCCUCGGGAGCCUCCGGGAAUUCCUUCCCAAGCACCCCCUGAGCCUUUCCCACAUCCUGCUCUUCGCCCGCCAGAUCUGCGAGGUGGGGACCCCAAAAACUGGGGCUGGUUCCCAAAAACCGGGGCUGGGCCAUCCCAAAAACCGGGGCUGGGCCAUCCCAAAAUGGGGGGGAUUCCCAAAGAAAUGGGGGUGGUCAUCCUAA